UCAUCAUCAUCAUCAUCGCACGGUUCUGUUGUUUAAUUAGCAAAAUAAAAGAAAAAGAAGAUAAAGCACAAGUUUGUCACGUUCGAGUAAUUUUGCCGCGAAAAAACACAUCCCCUACUGGAUAUAGGAAUCAUCCCCUACUCCAUUUAAAGGCUACCAAUAAGGAGUCAGCAUUGGACACCCUGCAGCCCCCUUGUGACGACCUCUGUCGGUAGGGAAAGAGGGUGUGUUAGGUUAAACGGAGAGACGACGAUUGUCAUCGCGUCGUUCUUCUCUUCGUGCCGAUUUUAACGAGCCAACGACUUAGAGGAUACUUGCACCUCUCUGCGGGUGCAUCUUCGCGUGUAUUUGCCAGUGAUGCUUCCGCGUUCCUUCAAUCACCUUGACGCCCUUAUUUUCUACAACGUUAAUAUCCAAGAACAAGAAAAGAAACGGAAACAGUGCACGAGGGGAGGUGAGUGCGUCGUGCGUGGUUUAUCUCGUGUGUGCAUGCGUGAUACAAAUGAAGCAGAAACGGGAUCAUCCCUCGCUUUAAUACACGAUGAUAUUUUGGAUCAGUUUUCCUUGCUCUUCAUAUGUGUGGAAUAGACACUGACGAUAUGGAUGCAGUAUGGCUUCAGUACUUUGGCAUGUCUCUGGGAACAGUUAUGCUUCUCCUGCCUUUUUCUUGUUCUUACUGUUACUCUGUCCACACAAUACUACAGCCCGCGAGGUAAUUGAGGCUCCACUGCCACAGCAAGACCACAUUCCAUCACUGCCACCACCACCGGGACGUCUCACCACUGCCAAAGCACCAAAGUGCGAUCAAAAAUUUAUAAGCACGCCUGAUGGACCGCAAAAUGGAACUUUCGUUGCUCCUGCAUUGAUAAAUCUAGAAGGAGAAUCUCGGCAGUGCGUUUACACAUUUUUAGCAGGACCACGUCAACGCGUGGAACUUAUUUUUACUACUUUUGGUCUUAGAGGCACACCACCAGCUGGAUCAGCUGUUGGAGAAUUACCUGCUUGUAGUCAUGAAUAUAUGGAUAUAUAUUCGGAAAUUCGUUCAGAAAAUACUACCAAGCUAAUAGAAACACCAUUUGGAGGUCGUUUUUGUGGUCCCAUUCCACCUCGAAAACGUGUUUCUCUUUAUCAAGGCAUUGCCCUCAGUUUCUAUACUGAUAAAAAUAUCACAUUACCAACAUUAUUCAGUGGGGAAUAUACUUUUAUUAAUGCAUCUGAGUUUGAAGUUGGAACACCAGUACCAAGUGUACCGUGUUCAUACACGGUAAAUUCUCUGGUUAAACGUACUGGAAAUAUAUUAUCACCCACUUAUCCAGGAACUUAUCCGAAAGAUCUUAUAUGCAGUUAUCAAUUUAUUGGAAAACCAAGUCAAAGAAUACGCCUGGAAUUUCGAGAUUUUGAUUUAUUUUUUGGCGGACCACAUUGUCCUUUGGAUUAUGUAAAAGUAUACGAUGGACUUGACAAUUCAUCCGCUGUUAUUGGAACGUAUUGUGGGCAACAAAGAAAUUUGGUAUUAUAUUCAUCCGAAUCCAGUCUAUUUGUAUUGUUUGUUACUCUUCAGCGUACAGCUAAUACGCAAAAUCGUGGUUUUAAAGGAAUUUUCGAAUUUUCUGAAAGUUUCGUUAAAUUAGAUUUCAUAACCAGUUAUAAUGGAGAACAUAUAAGAGGCUCGGAAUGCGAUCAAAAGAUUUUAAGUAAAAAGAAGUCUUCUGGUUUUGUAGUUAGUCCCAAUUUUCCAUUUCCUUAUAUGCCAAAAGUAGUAUGCCGUUAUUUUGUUUAUGGAAUGCAAGAUUCGCAACAUCUUGAACGUGUUCGCUUGGAAUUUCUAGUAUUUGAAAUUCCAACGAGCGGUACUAAAGUAGAGUCAGCGUGUACCGAUGGUUAUUUAAAAUUAUAUUUAAAAGGACAAGAAGCGACAGAUUCUUAUGAUAAAUUUGAUUAUGAAUUAUGCGGUGCAAAAAGUAAUCCAGCUCAUGUAGUUAGUGAUGGGCCAAGACUUGUUAUGGUAUUUAGCAGCGGAGAAUUACUAGGAAAAGGUUUUAAAGCAAAGUAUACUUUUGAGACAGAAUAUAAAAUACCUGGAACAGCCGAACCAGAUGGUACCUGUACAUUUACAUACAGAAGUUCCUCUCGAAAAAAGGGAGAUUUUAAUUCCCCCCGAUAUCCUAGUAAUUAUCCAAGUGAUACAAAUUGUACUUAUCUCUUUUAUUCAACGCCAAAUGAACAAGUUACAUUGAUCUUUGACCAUUUUAAAGUUAGAACCAAAACUCUGAAUGUAACGUCCGGUCACUAUGGGCACUAUUUAUGUCAAGACGACUGGUUAGAAAUUUAUAUUAUGUAUCACGAUAAUACUGAAAAAUUAAUAGGCAGAUAUUGUGGUAUGACUGCCCCAGGACCAGUAGAAUCAACGCUUGGUGCUCGUGGUUUAAAAGUAAUUUUACAUUCAGAUUCUGAACUUGUUUAUAGCGGAUUUAAAGCGCGUUAUACUUUUGAGGUAGCAAAACCAAUUUUUGGAGAUUGCGGAUCAAAUAUUAGCAGUCUGAAUUAUGGAGUAAUAACUAGUCCUAACUUUCCAAAUAAAUAUGAUGGCCCGUCAAAAAAUUUUGCAAGUAAAACAUGUAAUUGGUUUAUAAGAGUACGACCUAAUCAACAAAUAUUAUUGGAUUUUGAUAAAUUUUCUGUAGAAGGUGAUCAAAGUGUACGUGGUUGUCCUGCUGCGGUAUUACGUAUGUGGUAUUCUAGUUCGUCCACGCCACUUGAGCUUUGCGGUGUUAAAACUUCUGAUACCAAGUGGACCUAUUUAUCGGAAGAUAAUAAUAUGCGUCUUAGUUUCAUAUCAGCAGAUAAAGCGGUUGGACAGCACGGUUUCAGAGCAGUAUGGACGGAGAUAAAUAAAAAUAUUGAUUGUCCAAAUCAAUUUGUUUGCACGAAAAAUAAAUAUUGUAUUGCACAAUCGUUGAGAUGUAAUGAUAUCAAAAAUUGUGGUCCAGACGAUUCGUCCGACGAAGAGAACUGUGCUGCUAUGGUACCAGCAGAUAGUUAUGUCAUCCCAGCAGUAUCUGCUGUAGCUUCUGUUUUAGUUGUUCUGUUUAUAUGCCUACUGUGUAAUAAACUUAAAAGACCUGUUCAAGAGGUUCAUAUUGAUGAUCUACAUCAACCCGUAGAAGAACGUCAUCACUGCUAUCAUCAUCAUAGUCUUCUGCAACAUCACCAAGAUCAUAUUCAUGAAUUUAAUCAAUACCAACUCGAACAACCAAGUCCGCCAAGUGACAGUGAUGCUGAACAAGUUUGCGGCGAUGAAACAAGUAGUCCAGAUAGUGUGUGACCGUGGCCACUCGCAGCGUGGUUUAAAUUCUGGAAUUCCUUGUAUUUCUCCACGUUGCUUCCCAGACUCUUUCUGAUGUGUAACUAGUUGUUAUUGUUGUUAUUGUUGUUGCCUAAUGGGAGCAACUUACACAGUGUCAUCAGCACUCACUAUUACAUAUGUCAACACGUUCCUUUUAGAUUCAAACGAGACGAGAAACUAAUAUAAACGGAGUCUAUUCGAUCAAUUCAAAUGCGAUCAAUUUCACUUAUUAUUUGUACAGGAUAUAUUAUUAUUUUUCAUUCAAAACUCAUUAAAUUUAUCAUGUUUCCAAAUAUAUACAUUUUAUCAGCAAUAAUUAUGUAUGACUAUAUUCAUUAUACUAUGCUAUUAUAAUAUUACUACUUAUAUACUAAUGCUGCUGUCUCAUAAAAUAUAUUAUUUGCAUGUAAUAUAUUUUGUACAAGUACAAGUAGGCGAUAUCUUUUUACUAAUGUGAAUAAUAAUAUUGCAAAGUAAAACAUUUUUUGUACAAUCAAUUGAAUAUGGUCUUUAUGUGUAUCUAGUAUAAUAUAUCUACAAAUAAUUGUCUCCUAUCAUUAUUCAUGAUAACAAUAAGAUACAUUUUUUUUUUUCGUUUGUUAAUACAUAAACAGUAUACCAAAUUAUACACGCGUUGAAUGAUAUGAAGAUUUUCUAAUUUCUUGCAGUAAUUAUGCGAAUUAUAAUCUAUCGAAUAAGUUUAACAAAUAAUAUUUAUAGUACGAGAUUCACUAUUAAUUUCGUGUCGAUUUUGUUAAUUAAUCAUACCUACAAAUUAAUAAGUGUAAAAUUGAAAAUCAAUGAAUUAAAAAAUAAUUUCAAUCGUUACUACAGCACACCAUUGUACUAUAAUUUACAACUACUUUUAACUGCCAAUUUACUUAUAUUAUUUAACUAUCACAACAAAAUUAGUAUAUAUAUAUAUAUACUCACAGAAGAUU